AUGGGAAAGGCAACAACAAUUGUCUCGGCCGUCUUCCUGGCCAUUGGAGGUUUCCUCUUCGGUUACGACUCUGGUAUCAUUACUUCCACGAUCGCCCAGCCCCGAUUCAUCACAUACUUCAAUCAUCCCAGCGAUAGUCUUCAAGGAGGAAUCGUCUCCUCGUUACAAGGGGGAGCAAUUGCUGGCACGAUUGUGACAUUCGUUGUCGCCGAUGCACUGGGACGAAAGCGAACCAUUGCUCUAGGAUCGGCUUUUGCAACCUUAGGAUGCGCGCUUCAAGCUGGUGCUGCUAGCAUGGCUAUGCUGAUUGUCGGUCGGUUCAUUGCUGGUAUGGCGGUCGGAAUUCUCACCUCAACAAUUCCUAUGUAUGCCGGAGAAAUCUCGCAGGCAAGCUUCCGUGGUAUCCUGUCUGGUCUUCUGCAAUGGAUGUUGAGUUGGGGAUUCCUCGUUGCCCAAUGGCUCGGUUACGGUUGUACAUUUGUCGACACAGACUUUCAAUGGCGCUUCCCUCUCGCAUUCCAGUGUAUCCCAGCUCUGAUCCUCCUAUGCGGUGUCUGGUUCCUGCAAGAAUCCCCUCGCUGGCUCAUGGAAAAAGACCGCCACGAAGAAGCCCUUGCCGUUCUGCACAAACUCCACGAUGAUGGCACUGAAGCCACAAAAGAAUACGUCGAGCUCGAAUUCCGCGAGAUCAGAGACGUCAUCAUCGCCGACCGCAGCACGAAUCAAAUCUCCUGGUCCUCCAUCUUCCGUAAACCAUCAUGGCGUCGACGUCUCCUCCUCGGAUGCGGUGUCCAAGCUUUCGGUCCCCUUUCUGGUAUCAAUGUCAUCAACUACUACGGCCCACACAUCUACGAACUUCUCGGGAUCGGUACCCAGGAGUCGUUGAUGAUCAUCGGUAUUAGUGGAGCUUUAUCGAUCGUCUAUUGCACCAUCGGUCUUUGGUCACUCGAUCGCAUCGGUCGUGUCAAACCCCUGAUCCUCAGUGCCGGAGGCUGCGCUCUUGCUCUCGUCGUCAACGCCGCGCUCUCCCAACACCUCACCGGCGCAGGCCCAAACCAACUUCGCGCCAUGGUCGCCAUGAACUUCGUAUUCAGCCUCUUCUACACUCCCACCGGAAUCAUCUCCUGGGUCUACCCCGCUGAAAUCUUCCCGGUCGACAUCCGAGCGAAAGGAAACUCUAUCUCCACAUUCGUGAACUGGACACUGAAUCUCGUAUUUGCGCAGAUAUCGCCGAAUGCAUUAAGUGCGAUUGGAUUCAAGUAUUUCUAUGCCUUCUUUUGUUUUGGGGUGAUAGCGGUAGUUUGUUAUUCGUUGUUCUAUCCUGAGACGAAGGGAAAAACGCUCGAGCAGAUGGAUGAGCUUUUUGGAGAUCACCUCCACUAUCUGCUCCUCUUCCGAGUCCUAGAAGCGCCGGCAUUGAUGGAGCUGCCCAUGCAAAUGAAGGGAGACUGCCCCUGA